AUGCGGGUGGCCACUCGUGAGGUCCUCACCGGUUCCCAGCGGCAGAAGAUGGACCCCAGCGAUGACACGAUGUUCUACGACAGUCCAAAGAUUGUGCAACAUGUCGAUGACGGGUUCAGAGCCCAGCUCACACAGCUGUACCGGGAGAGGCUUCCCCCAGGGGGCACGAUGCUGGAUCUCAUGAGCAGCUGGGUGAGCCACCUCCCCCCAGAAGUGACCUACGCCAAGGUAGUGGGCCACGGCAUGAAUGCAGAAGAGCUGUCGCGCAACCCCCGCCUGGACUCCUUCUUCCUCCGGAACCUGAAUGUGGAUCCGACGGGCUGGGCGCUGGCAGACAACUCCCUUGAUGCCGUGCUGUGCACUGUCAGCGUGCAGUACCUCCAGCAGCCGGAGCGGGUGUUUGGGGAGGUACUGCGCGUGCUGAAGCCAGGGGGCGUGUUCAUCGUUUCCUUCAGCAACCGCAUGUUCUUCACCAAGGCAAUUGCCGCUUGGAGGGACGGCACGGACUACAGCAGGAUCCAGCUGGUGAAGCAGUACUUUGGUGCCUGUCCGGGGUACGAGCAGCCAGAGGUGAUCAAUCGCGUCUCUGUGCCCGAGGACCCCUCCCUCCUGGGCAAAUUCUGGACGGCGGCCGGUGCCUUGGGCGGCGGCAUGCACGACCCCUUCCAUGCGGUGCUGGCGCAGAAGAAGAUGGAGGCCUGA